UUUGUGUAAGACAUUGUACAAGUGACGUCGAUGGUGACGUCAACGUCAGCGAAAUCUAGACGAAAAUGUACGUACUACUUCAGUGGGCUGUAGAAAACUUAGUGGUGACGACCUAAGUUUAAAAAUUUUGUGAAAAUGUCGGGAAAAUCGUAUUCCGUUGAUAGAUUAGAACGUGUUGGUUAUUAUAAGUUGGAGAAAACAAUUGGCAAAGGAAAUUUCGCGGUUGUUAAGUUAGCGACACAUGUUGUUACAAGAACGAAGGUGGCCAUAAAAAUAAUAAAUAAGACUGCAUUAGACGAAGAAAAUUUGACAAAAAUAUUUCGAGAAACAGCCAUAAUGAAAAAAUUGCGCCAUCCGCAUAUCACAAGACUGUACGAGCUAAUGGAGACGAAGCAAGCAAUAUAUCUUGUAACUGAGUUUGCCAGUAAAGGAGAAAUAUUCGAUCACUUAGUUGCAAAAGGCCGAAUGACAGAAUCUGAAGCAAAAAGGAUUUUUAACCAGAUCGUUUCAGCAGUUAAUUAUUGCCAUUCGCAAGGCGUCGUUCACAGAGAUUUGAAGGCUGAAAAUCUUUUACUUGAUCAUAAUAUGAAUAUUAAGUUGGCCGAUUUUGGCUUCAGCAAUCAGUUUACGGAUGGUUGCCAGUUGUCCACAUGGUGUGGUUCACCCCCAUACGCUGCCCCCGAACUCUUUCAAGGAUUUAAGUACGAUGGACCCAAAGCAGAUAUAUGGAGUUUAGGGGUGGUGCUUUACGUUCUUGUUUGUGGAUCCCUUCCGUUCGAUGGUCCCACACUUCAAUCCUUGCAAAAUGUAGUUAUCUCUGGGAAAUUUCGGAUACCGUACUUUAUGUCACAAGAUUGUGAACAUUUAAUCCGUCACAUGCUGGUAGUCGACCCUGAUAAAAGACUGACAAUGGCACAGAUCGCAAAACAUCGAUGGUUAGCGAAUCUACCGCCGGUAGAUACAGGACCUGACCGAGAGAUGCACUUAAACAAGACAGUCAUUGAACACAUGCUACAGUUACCGCAACUUAAUCAAAACAUGAUCCUACAGUCUCUCAAAUCAAAUUCAUUCGAUCACAUUUACGCAAUAUAUAACUUACUCGUCGAUAAAUUGCAUCAACGAACCAUCAACUUUCAAUCCAAAUUAUGUCAAUCAUCGGAUGGCGACGGCACAAAACAUGACCUGUAUUCCCGUUCGGGAUCGCAAAAAUUUAACGAGCGCAGUGACUCAUUUAAUGAGCAAUUAGUCAGUCAGGGUCACAGUUUGUCUAGUGAGAUGCGAACUGAGAAAUUAGAAGAGCCCCAAUCGGUCAGACGCGAGAGCUUUAAUGAAAACUGUUUGCGAGAAGUGCGAGACGACAUGAAUGAAAAACGAAAGUUACUUUUGGAAGGUGCGUCUGAAGAUAUUGGUUCCCCCUUUGUAUCCAUAUCUACCAUACCGGCUGUUUAUUUAGCUGGUGAUGUUGAUGGACAGCCAUUUGAGAAGUUUGGUGAGAUGGAAAUGGAAGCUGUUGAAGACUCCAGUGCUUUGACAAUACCAUCGACCACUUCGUCUACUGGUUAUGGAAGUUGUUCGUCAGGUGAUCAGUACCUUACUGUACGUCGGCACACUGUUGGUCCGGGCGAUCCUGCACACGAACAAGUAUUGGAAUCGCACUAUAUGUCGCAAGCACAACAAGAUCCCAAUGGACAUGGCCUGCGAAUACUUCCGAACACUAACUUACCACUACAUUUACCCCUGUUGGCGCAACAAAAUCCCCAUUACUAUAGUGGGAAGGAUCCUCAUUUAUUGAAACCACCAACUGUGCUUCAUGCAGCUGGUGGUUUUGGACGACGCGCUUCAGACGGAGGCGCCAACCUGCAUAUGGUUUGGGACACCCCCGGCUCUCAUGAUCAACUGUCAGCAAUGUCCACAAGCUCUAGUGGUAAUCCAAGCAUAAGUAGUGGAACGACAACUCAAACAUUAGAUACAACACAACCUGUCUUAGACGAACUAACAGAUCCUUAUGCCAUUACAAGGUAUUUGUUAACUCGCGGAAAUUCCAAGAGGCACACGAUGGCCAAUCCUGAAGAUGUGCAUUCGUUACAGUCUAGUGCCACAACUGGUACACGUACACGGCGUACCGGUUUACUCACAGUCAUGGAAAGACCACCAGUAAUAUCACCCGAGCUAGUGAUGGAAGUAGAAGCUCGUAUGAGACGUAACUACAUGCCGCCUAUAAUUCCCCAACGUAAACAUUCUCGACAGUCGGCUAAACCCCACUUACCAACUGUACAAGAAUUACAAGGGCGUGAGCAAAAAUCAUUGGAGAGGUUCAGUCCUGUGAGACGAGGCAGUGAGGGAUCAGCAAGUGGCCAACGGACGCUCAGUCCAACAACACCUCAGCAAGAAUGUCAACGCCUUCAAAGAGGACUUGCACCGCGUAGUAGUCCUCCUAGAUCCAUUCCUGGAUCUCCAAUACAUCAAAUAGUCGGUGACUCUCGCCAUCAGAUCUCAGAAUCAUCAUCCCCUGUACAUCAGUCAUACGCCUGUACAACGGAUACUAACACAGUUCUAGGUUUAACUCAUGACAGUUUGGUUCAUUCAAAUUUGGGAUACGAUCCGAAUCGCAGUUUUAGUAAUAGUCCUUUACAUUCCGGUAAUAUUUCACCGUAUAGCAAUAGCGGAAGCAAUUUAGGUUCGCCCAUACAUCAAAAUCUAUAUGGGCAAAUGCCUAAUUUAACAAUGUAUUCGGGCAACAAUUCGCCUGUAUUGACUCCGCCAGUUUAUGUUGGUUAUACGCAAGCAGUAUCAGGUGCACUUUCACAACCUAACAGUAUUUCCUCCAUUACUCAAGGUAUAAGCGGUUUGAAUACAACCAGCACCGGUUCAAUAACGCAAGGAACGCCUUCGACCAAUCUCCAGUUGGAGCUCCGUAAUCAAUCCCAGACGCAGGAUGACACAAAAAUGGAGGUGCUGUCAUACCAACAGCAGUUUUCUCAGAAUUACUUGCAGAGUCAACCUAGUUACUUACACCAAUCACCUGUACCUCACCACAUGCAUCAUGUUUUGAACAUUCAUAAUCAUCGCAGCUUAACCAACUCGCCAAUUAGUAAUCCUGGUAGUCCUGGACUUGAUAUGAUACAGGAGGAACUUCCCCAUUUGCAUAAUCUUUCGAAAGCUGAGCCGCUACCACUUUGUCAUCCCCAAAUAUCUGUUACAGAUGUGCUAGGUAGUGAGGUAACGCUUGUAGCAGGUUCGGAUACCUCUGAAGAUUCACUUGAUAGUUUAGAUAAUCAGAAGGUACAAAAAAUACCGUCGUUUAUAAUAUCGGAACCGUUAGAAAAUCGUCCGUCAAUAACGCGUGGAAUUGGACGAAAGAGCAGUGCGGAGAAUGACGAUACAAAAUUUUUUAGUAAGGCAACUGAUGCGGAAGGUACAAACGAGGAGUUUUUUUUAAGAAGAAAUUCUGAUAGAAGUUCUUGCUACUCUGAUGAUUCACUUUCAAAUGACAGUCUCAGCAUUGGUAACCAAAGUCCCAGCUCCAGUUCCAACAAUACCCAAAGCAGCCAUUGCCACCUAGAUAUGCGUAAUCGACCAAUUGAUCCAAAUUUUGAGAAAAUGCAAAUUAAUCAGGAACUAGCCAAUUCAGGUACUCAAAACUUUCAAAUUUUUAAAAAUCUUAACUUGGCUUUGGCUCAUAACGAAGGUGAAACUAGGUUUAUCGUGCAAAAAAGGGAUAACAAUAUUAAUCUAAAACUGCUGGAUGGCGCUGCGUGUAACAGUCUACAGGAUUUUGUUGGGUACUAUGCGGAAGAUGGGAAGAUCUCCGAAUUAGAUCUUAAAGAUGCAUUCCAAAAGAAUUCUGGCUCCUACGAAUUGGAACUGUCGGAAGUGUGUUCUAAAUUGGAGACCAACGACAUUUUAGAAAUAGUAAAGCGAACAAUUAACGAUCAAAUUCCUCCCAAAUUGUGUGUACUAAAAACAUCGGAGGAAAUUGCUAAUAAACUUUCCCUCGAGUAUGAAGGCGGAAUACAGAUCGAGUUAAAAAUUAUUGACAAAAGAAAAGAUUCAAAGGGACUUAAAAUGCGACGGAUAUCGGGAGACUAUUUAGUCUAUAAUCAAUUAUGUCAACAGCUUAUUUCGUGUAUGACCGUUUCAUAGUAUCUCCUUAACCAAUUGUAAAUGCGGACGUUUUAGUUCGCACUUUGUGUUUUUUGUGACUGAUCAGAAUCCUUAUGGAUGUUGCAGACGUAGGCCUGAAUUUUGCAUUUUACUUUAUAUUUGCAUAGAACCAAGAAGUUAUGCAAAUGCAUGUUAUCAGGAACCAUGCACAGGUGGGAACUGAUGAAAUGCAUUAUGAUUAAUGAUCACCAGAUAUAUGAGAGAUGAUUAAAAUUCAACAUUAUUAUUUUUUAUGUCUUCUGACCAACGACCACGCCAAAGAAAUUUUAAAUGCAGUACUCGGGUCAUUGUUGAGUAGGUAUCCUUUGAUAUGGUUUGAAAUGUACAAGACGUCUUGUAGUUUUUGCAUUUUCUAUGAUAGUGCAGAGUCUAUUGAGGUUUUUUGGUUUCUAAUAGAAUGAUUAGAACUUACGGAAAAAUUUGGAAUCACAGUGAUCAAUUAUACAGGUUUACAACUUUUUUGACGUAUUUUCAACUGGUUUUGAAUUUUGUCACGCUGCAUGCAGGGGCGCAGGCAGUGCCCCCCCCCUCCCAUAUUUUAUAUUGGUAGAGCAAAGAUGCAUCAUUUAGUUGUAUUUUGUUUAAUUUAUAUGUAAAAUUAAUAUUCUAACUAAUUUUUUAAUUAUUUUCUUAAUUCUCAAACCCAGAGUAAAUUUGAAUCUGCCUGCUCACGCCAAAAUUAAUAUUUUACAAAUACUACUGUUCAUAAGGCUAUUUACUGACAGUACUGAGGAUAUGCGAAAAAGUAAAUUAUUUUGAAUUUACUGUUGAAAAUUAUUGGUAGUGCUGCUUGAAAUUGAAUUAUCACUUUUUACCUUGAAGACGGUAAAUCACCAUUUCUAAAACUUCUCUAUCAAAAAUUUUGACACAAUUUUGCAAAAUGGUUCUCUCACAUGCCAUGUUGGGAGACGCAGUAAGGUUUUCUUGUCAAGGAUAGGUAGAUUUUCUUGAGGUGAACUUUUCAAUCAUUAGGUUUUUGGAGACAAAAAUAGUUUUAGUUUUUAAAUACCUACACAUUCAGUAAUACAUACAGAUUUCCUAACAUUUGUUUAGGGGAGUUAUAAUUAUAUCUAGGAAUAUUUUUAGUGCAAGUAAUCCUUACAGCUACAUUAAUAUGGCUAGCUAUAUGUUUGCCUCGGACUCUGCUGUGUUGUAUGUUUCUUUUUUAUAUUACUAAAAUCAAUAAAUAGGUCGAAGAAGUAGCAAAGCAUACCUAUUCAACAAGAAGUAUGUACUUUGAUGUUGAUUGAUUUAAAUGAUCAAAAAUGAACUUAGAGCUAAUUUCCGAGAGCUCUAAAUAGAGACAUGAACUGGUCACUUUAUUCCUUGGUAAUUCAUGUGGUGGGAGAGGUAUGUAAAAUUGUGAUGUUUUUCAAGGAAACGUGUAUUGUUGACUGAGAGCGUUUUAGUAGUUCAGUAAGUCCUAAUUUCUUUCUAGUACUACUGCCAUGUUUAAUUUAAUUGUGCAAGUAUAGUUUUAGCAUUCCUAAUAGGUGUGAAUGGAUACAUGUUUCACGCUAAAAACGAUUGUUAUCUUUUAGAGUAAGUAUAGCUGAUGUUUGAACGACUCAAGCAAUGUGAAACAAUUGUGGUUAGAUCAUCCAGUUUACCGUAACAUCUCCUUAUUAAGGAAAAGUUUUUGCAGGGAAAUGUAUAGUAAACCACUUUUGUUGUAUCCCGUGGCAAUUUGAGUUAACACAUUUCUACGACUCUUGGUCAACAAUAUGUCAGUAUAAAAUACAUUGUAAAUAUUUAUGGCAGAACAUUCCAUUAUUGGUAAAUGAGCUGACUGAAAAUGAAUUCAUAAUUCAUGAUCUGAUUAUUAUAAUAAUCUUUGUAAAAGUUGCUUUUGAGAAAUUUUAAAAAUGUGACACCUUGAAAUAGGUGGGGGAUCGAAAGCAACUUUGUAUGUGUAUCAUAACUUAAAUUUUGUAUAUAACAGAAUUUUUUGUAAAUAUAUACCUAGUUUUGCACAAUUUGUAAAUAGUUUAGUUUUAGUUCAGUAUUUGAACCAGGUACACAUGUUAAAAAUUGUUUCCAUUUUCUUAUUGUUUAAAUCAGCAUUUUCGUUGAAGUAAAACUGUAUAUUUUUAUAAAUAUUGUAAAUAGUUCUUGAAGAGUUUUAACAUUCCUACUAGGUAAUUCUAAACAAAGAUUUGUUAUUGCAGUUUACUAGCACAAUUCAUUAUUAUAACUUAAGUAGUGUCAAACGUACGUAUAUCAAUUUUGAAUUAUAGGCGAUGAAAUAUAUUCCGCUGAUUAAAACUUGUUGGGUCGAUUUAAAUUACGGGUAAAAAUUGUUUCAUUUGUUGUGUUUGACCAUUUUGGAAGCGGGACCUACACAAGAUUUGAAAUUAUGUUUAACAUCUUUUGUAUGUAGUAGAUCGCUUUGGCACCACAUUUAAAAAAGUCUUAAUAAUAAAAGGUUGUAUAAAUCUUAGUAUUUCUGUCAAUUCAAAUCUGUGAUGUGAAUAAAUGACUGGACGAACGUU